AUGGGUCUUUCAUUGUCAGGAUCAAGCGUCUCGCGGAUGCCUCUUUUCCUCGUUGACUUUAGCCUCAUCGCACGCCUUAUUACGGUUACAGUGGCAGCUGGUUUCGUUUUGCUCGUUGUCGACUACAUCCGAGUUUUACGUCUACGUCGUCAACUGCCUCCGGGGCCUUUCCCUUUACCAAUAGUCGGAAAUCACCUCAUCAUACCGAAGGUCAAGCCAUGGGUCGCCUUUGAAGACUGGAGCAAGUACUACGGCGAUCCACUUCUCACCAUCUGGCUUGGAAGACGACCGAUCAUUGUUGCCAACGAUGCCUGGUCCGCUUCUGAGCUCAUGGAGAAACGAGCCAACAUCUAUUCCUCUCGACCGAACAUUGUCAUCAUGGGUGACAUGUUCAACUGGACUGUGAAUAAUCAGCAUUCGGUCGUGGGCUCUCAAGCGGUCCGUAACUAUCGCGACAUUCAAUCUGCGGAAUCCAGGGUCAUGACGUGGAACAUAUUGAAAGAUCCGGCGGACUAUGUCUUUCAUCUGGAGAGGAAAAAUGACUACGUGGCUAAACAAGCCCUCGAGGUGAUGGCCAACGCGGUCGACGUUAUCAUUCCCGGACUAUACUGGAUGGAAUCUCUACCAUUCUUAACGAAGCUACCCCGAUGGCUUUACCCGCUGCCGCAAGCCAUCCAAGACCAAGCUCGUCUGCUAGCACAGUAUUUCUACGCUCUGUCUCUUGAGGGAUCCAAGGGCGAAGAGGACAGCUUUUCCAAGCGACUCAUCCAAGAACAGAAUUCCAAUGGUCUUUCCGACGAGGAGAUUGCAAGCUUGACCUCCAACUUGAUUGGAGGUGGCGUUGAUACAACCAGCAGUACCAUCAUAUCGUGCAUUCUAGCCAUGUGUGUCUUCCCCGAGGUUCAGAAAAAAGCACAAUACGAAUUGGAUGAGGUCGUAGGCCACGACCGAAGUCCGGAUUGGUCCGAUGAAACCUCACUCCCAUAUAUUGACGCGAUCAUCAAGGAGACGUUGCGCUGGCGCUCAGUCACGAUCUUGGGAGGCAUCCCUCACGCUCCAAUCCAGGAUGACAUAUACAAUGGCUAUCGCAUCCCAGCUGGUACGAAUAUCACGGGAAACCUUUGGGCUAUUCAUCGCCAUCCACGCGAGUUUCCCCUCCCGGACAAGUUCGAGCCCGAGAGAUAUUUGGGAGGCCUCCAGUUUGAUUACCCCAACGCUCGUGGACACAAUGCCUUCGGCUGGGGUCGGAGGCAGUGCAGUGGCCAGCCACUGGCAGAAGCAAGCUUGGCGAUUUCUGUUGCCAGACUUCUUUGGGCAUUCGAUAUCAAGCCUGGCUUGGACGAUCAGGGCCGCGAAGUUGAACUUGACAUAUUUGCCUACACAGAUGGUGAGAACACUCGACCAUUGCCAUUCCGUGCACGCUUCCAUCCUCGAUCCGAGAAAAUUGCUGCGUUGUUGGAAAGCGAGCGGGAUAAGGCCGAAGGGUUUCUUGCUCGAUACAAUGGGGAGACGAAGCUCACUUUGGCUGAUGUGUCUUGA